CGUGCGCGGCAGCGGAGAGGGGGAGGGGACUCUUUGCUGAUUGGCUGGCUGCAGUUUGAACGGAAGGCGAGGUUCGGAACCGUUAACGAUGGUGGGGCGCGCGAUUCCGCGGAGGAGCUUGCAUUCGGUAUUGAAGAAACAUAAACCGCAAUUGCGGCUCAGCAAGGACGUCCACAUGAUGGUACAUUUAAACUGUCUCUUGUUCCUUCAUCGUUUGGCAGUGGAGGCUAGGACUAAAGCUGUUGAAUCAAAAAGUUCUACCAUUCAACCAAAGCAUGUCAAGGAAGUGGCAAAGGUUGUUCUGAAGAAGAGUAGAGGCUGAAGAAAAGAAAUAA